CAUGCUCGGCGUUGUUCGUUGACCAGUCAGGUUGUAGCUGGGAAACAUGGCGGCCGUCAGUAAAUACCUGACAGCUAAAAACUCCUCCAUAGCUGGCGGUGUCCUUCUAGUUUUAUACAUAUUGAAGCAAAGAAGACGAGCGGCCAAGUUAAAAGGUAAAAAGGGAAGCUCCGAAGUAUUGUUGAACAAUGAAAAAGACAGCAAGAAAGACCGCGCCGCGGUGGAUAAAGACUUCGUCCUCAGAAUCUUUCGUAUUUUGCGGAUUAUGGUGCCACGGUUUUUCUGCAAAGAGACCGGGUACCUGUUGCUCAUUGCCGCCAUGCUGGUCACCAGAACCUACUGCGACGUGUGGAUGAUCCAGAAUGGCACCAUGAUAGAAAGUGCAAUUAUCGGCCGCUCCACUACAGAUUUCAAGACCUGCUUGUUCAGCUUUAUCAAAUUCAUGCCACUUAUUGCCCUGGUGAACAACUUCCUGAAGCUGGGUCUGAACAAGCUAAAGCUCAGGUUUCGAGAGAAGCUCACCAAGCACCUGUAUGACGAGUACCUCAAGGGCUACACGUAUUACAAGAUGGGCAACUUGGAUAACCGCAUAGCCAACGCUGACCAGCUUCUCACGCAGGAUGUGGAGAAGUUCUGCAACAGUGUGGUGGACCUGUACUCCAACCUCUCCAAGCCCCUCCUGGAUAUCGGCCUGUACAUCUUCAAGCUAACUAGUGCCAUCGGUGCGCAGGGCCCAGCCAGCAUGAUGGCCUACCUGCUGGUCUCAGGCCUGUUCCUGACCAGACUGAGGAGGCCCAUUGGGAAGAUGACCGUCACCGAGCAGCGCUUUGAGGGGGAGUACCGAUACGUCAACUCCCGCCUCAUCACCAACAGUGAAGAGAUCGCCUUCUACAAUGGCAACUUGAGGGAGAAACAGACCAUUCACGCGACAUUCAACAAACUGGUCGACCACCUGCACAACUUCAUCUUCUUCCGUUUCUCCAUGGGCUUUGUGGACAGUUUGAUCGCCAAGUACCUGGCCACAGUGGUGGGUUACCUGGUGGUGAGCCGGCCCUUCCUCAACCCCUCCGACACCCGCCACCUGACCAGCACACACUCGGAGCUCCUGGAGGACUACUACCAGAGCGGCAGGAUGCUGCUCAGGAUGUCACAGGCUCUUGGGAGGAUCGUAUUGGCCGGCCGUGAGAUGUCCCGCCUCUCAGGGUUCACCUCUCGUAUCACAGAGCUGAUGAAGGUCCUUAAAGAACUGAAUUCUGGGACGUACGAACGCACCAUGGUCAACCAGCCCAACAGCGGAGAGCUGGAGGCUGAAGAAAAGGUCACCUUGAUCCCUGGAGGUGGACAGAUUGUCAACAUGGACAACAUCAUCAAGUUUGAGCACACUCCUUUAGCCACGCCCAAUGGAGAUGUACUUAUCAAAGACCUCAACUUUGAGGUGAGGUCGGGCGCCAACGUGCUGGUGUGUGGGCCCAACGGCUGUGGAAAGAGCUCUCUCUUCAGAGUGCUGGGAGAGCUGUGGCCACUGUUCGGGGGUCAGCUGACCAAACCCGAGAGAGGAAAGUUGUUCUACGUUCCCCAGAGGCCGUACAUGACCCUGGGGACCCUGAGGGACCAGGUGAUCUACCCAGACACCUACGACGACCAGAAGAGAAAGGGCAUCUCUGACCUGGUGCUGAAAGAGUACCUGGACAACGUGCAGCUGGGCCACAUCCUGGACAGGGAGGCGUCCUGGGACACGGUCCAGGACUGGAUGGACGUCCUGAGCGGAGGAGAGAAGCAGAGAAUGGCGAUGGCCAGGCUGUUCUACCACAAGCCCCAGUUUGCCAUCCUGGAUGAGUGUACCAGUGCUGUCAGCGUGGAUGUGGAGGACUACAUCUACAGCCAUUGUAGAAUGGUGGGCAUCAGCCUGUUCACCGUGUCACACAGGAAGUCCUUGUGGAAGCAUCAUGAGUACUACCUCCACAUGGACGGAAGAGGGAACUACGAAUUCAAACCCAUCACCGAGGAAACGGUGGAGUUUGGUUCCUAGACGAAUGUCAGACAGUAACUCUCUCACACACACACACACACACAUUAAUUAUGCACUAGAGACAAGUUGUAAACUAAAGCUAGACAAUAUUGUUUUUAAUCAAUGUGAUAUCCGUUUGUUUUGUUUUUUGACAAAGCUGUAUUUGUUCUAAUUCAUUAUUUGUCCAAGGUGAUUGUAAAUAACUUGUAAUUUAAGGUCCAAUCCACUGUUGACAUUGGGCCAAAACUUUGAGAUUAAUGGGCAAAUCCAGAUGAGCUGAAGUUUGCAUUAUAUGCCUGCAAGCAAAAUUAUGUUUUGAAAUGAUUUCAGUCACUAUAUCCCAACGGAUUAACCCAGAGAGCUAAAGCCAAUGGUCCUCUAAGUGUCUGCCUGAGCGUCAGUAUAUGCAUCGGCCUUUUUUUUUUACGAGCGAUAUCCAAGUAUUCAAGUGGAGCUCCUGGUUGCCUUUAAUGUAAUCUAGCCUGUGGUGGGGAGUGCUGAUGCCUCGACGCUGAGAGACUUCUGUCUCCUCUUACCUGAAGCGUCGCUCGUACGGUUGGAAUGACCCUCCUGGCUGUGGUGAUGUCAACGGAAGGGGGAGGAGCUCUAGUCCAGUUCAGGCCCAUCCCGUCUGCAGCUGCCCAGUCUGAGUGUUGACGGUGUGUGAGGGAGGUUGUUGAGCAUGGGAGGGUUCGCUUCAGGGUGGGCUUAAAGUGAUUGAACCACUUAGCGAAUCAUGAACAGUAAAGUGUUUGGGAGGGUUGUAUUAAAGCACCGACAAGGACUGUCUUGGCUUACGAUGGUGCACAGAACACAAUAUCCUAGAAGCCUUCAUUCUCCACUUUUGACCUUGUCCCAUGUUGCCUAGCUGCCUGACGGUUUCCCGUUUGUUCUCGAUGACGAUGAUAAUAAUAGUACUUACAAGUCGGAUGUAAAAUCAUAUUUUGCAACUUUAAAAUCAUGCCCCCGGAUUGGUUUUAUUAUCUGAAACCAAUGUAGCCAGGGUAAUAGGCACAAGAAGUGCAUUGACCUGCAUUAAACUGUAUGACAAAUGCAUUUUCAUUAAAAAACGUUUGUCAAAUGUU